AUGGGUCAGCAAACUUCAGCACCUCCAAAGAUAACGGCUCAAGAUAAGGCUAUCUUUCAAUUAAAACAACAAAGAGAUAAAUUAAAACAAUAUCAAAAGAAAAUAUCCAUCAUCAUUGAUAAACAAUCGAAUUUAGCCAAAGUUGCCAUUCAACAUAAACAAUUGGAUCGAGCUAAAUUCUAUUUACGAGCUAAAAAACAACAAGAAUCAAUCAUAUCGAAAACUUAUAAUCAAUUGGAUAAUUUAGAAGGAUUGAUUGGAACCAUUGAAUUCAAAUUGAUUGAAAAAGAUGUAUUAUAUGGAUUACAACAAGGUAAUGAUGUUUUAAAGAAAUUAAAUAAUGAAUUAAGUAUAGAUAAAAUUGAUAAAGUUUUAGAUGAUUUACAAGAUGAAAGAGUUAAAGUUGAUGAAAUUAGUGAUGCAUUAGGAAUGGGUUCAGGUUUAACCAAUCAAGAAGAAUUGGAAGUUGAUGAAGAAUUUGAACGGUUGGAAUUAGAAGUUAAUGGUGAUAAAAUCAUACCAGAAACCAAGGUUGAUGAACCUAAAGUUGAAUUACCUCAAGUUCCGGAUAAUAAAAUCAUGCCUGAAGCUCCUACUAAUGAAUUAGAAGCCCCAGAAGAAGAACAAGAAGAACAAGUUACUUCUAAACCUAAUGAACCCAUUGCCAUUUAA